AUGGAGGAGCUGGUGACCGACCCCAGAUUCCCCCCUCAACUGAUCCACUUGCUGAUAGACAAUUACAGCAUCCCUGCCGCCUGUUUCUCCAAACCACCAAAGGUUCUGCAACUCCUUCAUGUUCAGACCACCGUUGACCACAGCAUCACUGGCGCGGUGACCUUCCUGACACUGUUUUCCAUCAUCAUCUUCAUCGAAGAAGCUCUGUACCUCUCCAAGAAGGUCCGGUGCCCCGUCAAGAUGAAAACUCUCAUCUGGAGCAGCUCAGCGCCCACUGUGGUCUCGAUAUUCUGCUGUGUCGGUAUCUGGGUGCCCCGCUCCAUAAUGGUGGUGGAGAUGGCCAUUGGCUCGUACUUUGCUGCUUGCUUCUACCUGAUGAUGCUGGUCAUGGUGGAGGGCUUUGGAGGGACAGAGGCCGUGCUCAAGGCCCUGAAGGGCACCCCCAUGGUGAUCAGCACAGGGCCCUGCUGCUGCUGCUGCCCCUGCUGCCCCCGCAUCCUGAUGACCAAGCGAAAGCUGAAGAUCAUGAUCCUGGCUACUUUCCAGUACGCCUUCUUCAAGACAGCCUGCGUCUUCCUCGGCUUGGUCCUGGACACAGAAGGUCUCUACAACCCCUCUGAUAUUUCAGCCGGGAGCGUGGCUCUUUGGAUAAACACUUGCCUUGGGGUGUCCACCCUCUUUGCUCUGUGGGGAUUGGCAGUCCUGUUCCGGCAAGCCAAGGCUCACCUCUCAGAACAGAACAUAGUGGGCAAGUUUGUUUGCUUCCAGGUUCUUCUCAUCCUGACGGCGCUACAGCCUUCCAUUUUCAGUAUCCUGGCAGAUGUGGGCCAGAUAGCCUGCUCUCCGCCCUUCUCCUCCAGAGCAAGGUCACAGCAGAUGAACAUGCAGAUUCUGAUCAUCGAAACCUUCCUGAUGACAGUGCUGGCCAGGAUGUAUUACCGGAAGCCAGAUGGUAGAGCAGCGUACGGUCCAGUUACCCCUCCCGAAAGCAAAGCAGAGACCGGCAGCCACUGA